GUUUAUGUUACCUAAAGAGAUAAUCAUAGAAGUAUUUUAAUUGAUUUUAAUAUAAUAGUAAGCAAAAAUUAUAGUCCUACAAAAAAAACCCAAUCUAAAUAUUGAAAAAUUCAUGAAAUUAGAUUUUAGUUUACUUUGUUGGCAGACAGUAGUGAUUAAGCUUACUAUACACUAAUUUGAAGAUGGUUUGAGUAUAACUAUUAUUAAAGAAAGGAUAAUAUGUAGGAUCGUACUUUACUUUGGUUGAAGGAAAAGCUAAGUUGUAAAAAAUAUAAAUUGAAAAUUAAUAAGUAAUUCAAGAAUUUGAACUGUUGGCAGAUUAACCAUUUUAUUAUGGUUUAGAAUUCUUAGCAAAUGAUAAAGAAUUUUAUUAAAUUUUGGCAUUAUCUCAUUGUACUCUUACCAUUAUCAAAGAUGUACGAAUACAAUAAAUAAUAAGUAUUGUAAAUUUUAUUAACUCAAGAAAAUUACUAUAGUUUAUGUGAAUAUUAAGUAUUGGAAUCUUUAAGCAAAGUUUACUUUUUAUAAUAAGAACCAUCAGUUCUCAUAUCAAUGUUAAUCCAUGAAUCCUCUCGAAUUAAAUUAUAAAAAGCAUAACCAGUUUAUAAAAUUAAUGAUCCAGUAAAAGGAUUCUAUUUAGUAUUGGAAGGAGAGAUAUGUAUUAAAAAGUUAGUAGAAUUACAAACAUAAUCUCAAGGUGAUAUAUCAAAUACCAAAAAAUCUCGAAAGAAAUUAGUCAUUUAAAACAUCCUAUCAAGAGAUCAAUAAUUUGGAGAAAUGGAAUUGUUUUUGAAAGCUAAUCACAGAAAUGAAUAAGCAGAGUGCUAUUCAUUAGAAUGUGAUCUCUUAUUUAUUUCAACUCCUUCUUUAAUAGAGGCUUAUUAAACUAAAUUACAAGAUCCACAUUUCUCUAUUGAAAAGUUAUUUGAUUAAUUUCAAGAAUAUAUCAACUUAAAAAAUACUAAAUAAAAUGAAGCUAUAAGUAGAUAUAUUGAAGUAAAUAAACCAAGAGUUCCUCCUAAACCUGUAAUGAAACCUACUUAUCCUUUAUUUAUGAAUUUAGAACCAAUUUAAAAUUUCAAGAAUCCUGUUGAAAAAACUUAACCUCCUCUUUAAAUAAUAAGAACAAGUUCUAUGUAUAACUAAUCUUAAUCUUAAAUAUAGAAGGUUAAUAAAUAACCAGAAAGUGUUUUUGUUAAUUAUUCUUUAGCUAAAUUAAAUAGAUAAGAUGGAUUGAUGACUGUAUCCUAGUAUAUUGAGAAUAUCAAAUUAUAAUAAAGUGGAAAAUCUGGAAUAAGUGCAUACUAAUAAAAAAAGAAAUUAAGAUAAAAUGCAUUAUCAGUAGUGACAGAGGAUUAAUAAAAAUUAAUCGAUUAUGUGAGACAAUUGACUCCUUUAUACAUUUCGAAAAAAAGAAACAGUGUAGGAUUGAGAAAAAGUUUACCAACUUCAAUUUAUUAAUCAUCAAGUAAAUAAAGUUAUAUGAUGUUGAAACCAGAUUUUAGUAAAAUGUGA